AUGCCAUACCUCUUUGUAGAAGCCGAGUCGCAUCAAUCGCAAAUCGCCGCUUCGGGAAGCUCCGAGAGUCCGGUCUUCGUCGGCCCCGGAGCCGGUAAGCAAGUGCCCCCCGAUUCAGGUCCAGCCGUGCCCGAGUCGUCGUCGGAUCUUCGAAAGAGUUCCCGAUUGGAAUUUGGCAUCCUCCCUCCGCCUUCUCUCGUUUCACUCUCUCACCUCUUCGUACCCAUCAACAUGACUGCAGACUGGGAAGUGAACCGUGAUGCGCAUCUGUCAGUCCAGCCUUCUUCGUCCGUCAUCAUGACGUGGUUGCCCCCCCUCCAUCUGACCCAAUGGACUCCCUCGUGUGCGCCCCACUUUCCCUGCGCACUUUCGACAGCGCUCUCCGUGACAAGGAACUGCAAUGGGGUCGCGACCUACUCAAAGAACAAGCCGAAUUGCUCAAAGGGGUAGAAGUUGGUCAAGUUUUGUCGGUUGGUGCUGCGGAGCUUUCAGACAAGUGAGUUGUUGCGCUCCAUUCGCGGCCCUACUAGGGGGCUUCGUGCCAGGUCAGGGUCCCAGCGCCCAGCUUCCCGAAUCGUGCCCGAAGCCCUUUUUGGCCAUGCAGAUGACCGCGUGUCCUCACUCCUUUGCCAUUUGUUUCGUUAUGACCAGACUCUACUCCACCGUAAGCUGGACCGCCAAAUCCGUUCUCCUCGUCUACAUCUCCCAAGCCCUGCGCGCGCAUGCCAAAUCCAACCUCCUGACCGAGGUCAUGUUCAAGGCCGCCUGGGACCGAGCAUCCCAACUCGAUCACGAUUUCAACGAGACCAAGGAGAAAAAGGGAAGGUUGCAUGGGUGCCCUAUUUCGAUCAAAGAUCAUUUGGACGUCAAGGGCGUUGAUACGACGAUUGGGUUCACUUACAAACAUGGGGUUCCGGCGGGUGAGUUGCGACGAGUGUACGAAAAGGAUUCUCGUGCCGAGCGAGUCUUUGAAAAAGUAAAGCUGAAGCUUUCUUCUUUGCUUUCGGUUCUUUCAGAACAAGACGCUCCUCUCGUCAGUGCUCUAAUCGAAGCCGGUGCCAAUCCUUUCGUCAAGGUAAGCCACAGAAUUUUCGCCUGCUUCGCCAGCGAUCCACCAUUGAUGCCCAUAAUUCCAUCCUUCCUGCUCAGACCAACAUCCCCCAGACGAUGCUUUCGUUCGAAUGCGCGAACCCGCUGUUCGGUGUAACCACGAACCCUCACGACUCGACUCGCACCCCUGGUGGAUCCUCCGGUGGUGAAGCGGCCCUCCUCGCUUCGGAUGCCUCGCCGCUCGGCAUCGGCUCCGACAUUGGUGGCUCGCUCCGUAUCCCUGCUCACUACUCGGGUUGCUACGGCCUCAAGCCCACGAUCGGUCGUACCCCGACGCAUGGUAUCCACGGUGCGAACCCGGGCUUCGAAGCCAUCGCCGUCUCGUGCGGACCUAUGGGAAGAAGUGUCGCCGAUCUUGAGGUUGGUAUGCGCUGCCUCGUCGAUCAUUCGGCAAAGUACACCAAGAUCGAAGGUAUGAUCCCUUUGCCUUGGCGCGAGUUGGACAUGCCCAAGAAGCUCAAGUUUGGCUACUACCAGCAUGGUGAGUUUUCAAGGUGGCACGGGUGCCAAUGAGUGAACUAUUCGCUGAUGCCUUGAAGCGUUGUAUCCUGUCGCCUAGACGGCGUCGUCCGAAACUCGCCUGCCUGCGCUCGAGCGCUGCAAAUGUCGAUCGAUGCUCUCCGCAAGAAGGGCCACGAGGUCGUCGAAAUCCCCGCUCCGGACGUCGCCCGCGGCCUCGAGCUUUUCAUCGCCCUCACCUCUGCAGGCAAUUACGAGACCUUGCUCGGCAGCGUGCGCGAUGACCCCAGAGAAGGCUUCCUGUGGCUCCUCGACGCGCCCCUCAAGUACCCUCGAUGGUUCCGCAAUGUCGUCGCCGGAGGUAUCGAGAGGUUCAUGGGGGACCAAGUCUUUCCUCGUAUUAUUCGCGCGCUUGGCCGAAGGACCGUCACCGAGACUCAGGCGUGGGCUCACGAACGUCAAGUCUACGCGUACGCGGUCCGUCGUCAGCUCUUCGAGACGCACGGACUCGACGGUCUCUUGACCGCUCCUCAAGCGACACCGGCGUUGAAGUGUGAAACGACGUGGGACAUCUCGACGAUCGCGGUCUCGACCUUCUUGUGGAACGUCGUCGAUUCGACCGCGGGUGUCUUGCCCGUUACCUUUGUCGAUGCGGAGAAGGAUGCCUUGACGCCCGAGUUUAUGGACCUCCUGCGCACCGAGCCUGGGUCGCAAUUGAUCGAAGGGAGGUUGUAUGGACCGAAAGCGGCGCGGUAUGAUUCCAAGGAAAUGGAGGGCGUUCCGGUCGGAGUGCAAAUCAUUGCGGCCAAGUAUGAGGAGGAGAAGGUCAUUAAGAUGAUGGCGAUCCUUGAUGAGGCCUUAGGACCUAGGGGCUUUGGACCGGGCGAAUUUUUUAAGCGCGAACAGAAGAAGGCUUGA